CCCCAUGGCCCCCGGGGGGGGAAAAAAAGCUGCAAAUAAAGAGAGAAAAGGUACCUCACUGCGCUGUUACACUGCUACUGCUCCUCAAGGAGACGGGUUCGUGGGUUCUUUUCUCUGUUCUCUGAGGCAAGCGCCUUCCUUUCUUCAGCUCUUCAUCCGCUAUAGACUCUUAUACCGUCGGCAUUUAUAAUCUCUCCUUCUUCCUCUGUCGGGCGACAUGAUUGCCUCCAAAUCUAAAUCUGGUUUAUCUGAAGCUUCGAAUAACAAAAGCACACCGGCAACCCCUAGGGUUAGCAAAUUGGGCAGGGGAGGAUCCAUCAAGUCGGAUGCUGAUUCGCCUUCACCCCAGCAAAAUCCACGCCUUUCUGUCGAUCGAUCACCGCGAUCAGCUGAUUCCAAGCACGCUGCUGAGCGUCGAUCACCUAAAAUCAGUACCCCUCCUGAUAAACAACCACGAGCAUCAAAGGGAUCAGAGUUGCAAGCACAGCUGGGGGUGGUUCAGGAGGAUUUGAAGAAGGCAAGGGAGCGAUUGGCUUCUGUGGAGAAGGAGAAGACCCGAAUUCUAGAGGAAUUGAAGGAUGCGAAGAGAUUGGCUGAUGAGGCGACUGAGAAGCUCAAGGAGGCUGUUGUUGCUCAGAAGAGAGCUGAGGAGGCUACUGAGAUUGAGAAGUUCCGGGCUGAUGAAUUGGAGCAGGUGGGCAUCGAGGCUGCUCAGAAGAGGGAGGAGGAAUGGCAGAAGGAGCUCGAAAGUGUCCGAGACCAGCAUUCUGUGGAUGUUGCAUCACUGGUUUCCGCCACGCAGGAGCUCCAGAGGGUGAAACAAGAACUGUCAAUGACAAAUGAUGCAAAGAAUGCUGCCCUUAGCCAUGCUGAUGAUGCAAUGAAGAUUGCUGAAAUCAACGCAGAGAAAGUGGAGCUCCUGUCAGGUGACGUAAGCGACCUGAAAUCCUUGCUUGAUUCCAAACUAGAGAGUAAGACCAAUGAAACUGCCGAGCUGGUUAAGAAGUUGGAAUCUGAGUCCUUGGCAUUAAAACUUGAACUUGAGAAAGCAAAGGUAGCCGAGAGUAAGUUGGUCGAGAUGCAAGCAUUGGUUGAAGGGCUAAGGAUGGAGGUCGUUGAUGCAAAGAAGGCUGAGUCAGCUGCAGGCCAGCUAGUGGAUGAGUGGAAGAGGAAGGUGGAGCUGUUAGAAGUUCGGCUGGAGGAAGCUGAUCAGUCUGAAAAAUCCACAGCGGAUUCUCUCGCCUUAGUGAUGAAACAGCUGGCGGAGGGCGGUGCAUUGUUGCAAGACAAACAAGCCGAAGUUGCUGCUCUUAAAAAAGAUGUGGAGUCCUUGGAGCUUGAGGUGGCUAGCUACAAAGCAGAUCUUGAUGAGUCAAGUCAUCGCCUUGAUGUGGCACAACAGGAAGCUAGUGAACUGGGAAGAACGAUUGAGGUAUUAAAAUCUAAGAUUCAAAUUAUGGAGGAGGAAAAGAUGGAGGCUCUGAACAAUGAAAAGAUUGCAUCUUCAAAUAUCAAAAGCUUGACAGAGGAAAGGAAUAAGCUUGCUACUGAGCUCGAAACUACUAGAGAUGAAGGAGAAAGAGUCAAAAAGGAAAUGGAAUGUCUAGCUUCUGCAUUGCACGAAGCAUCUACGGAAGCAAGAGAAACACAAGAAAGGUUAUUGGCAAAGCAAGUUGAGGUUGAGGAUGCCCAAGCUCAGAUAGAGGAUUUGAAGUUGGCUCUGAAGAACACUCAGGAAAGUACUGAGGAAACACUCGAGGAAGCAAGGUAUGAGAUAGUUUGCCUCCGAAAAUCUGUUGAAAGACUUGAAACAGAAUCCAAAAAUUCUAGGGCUGAGUGGGAUUUAAAGGAGCUUAAUUUAGAGAAUUCUAUCAAAAAAUCAGAAGGGGAAAUCAUUGCCAUGAAAGUAGAAAUGGAUAAGGUAGUUGAGUCUCUUAGAGACAAAGAGCAUGAAAUACUGGCUGCCAAGGACGAGGCUGUCCAGCUAAUGGAUCAACUGAUGCAAGCCGAAUCUGAGGCAACUGAUGCCAAUAGAGCUGCAGAAUUAGCAACGGCUGACAGCUUACAGCUGAGGGAAAGGCUGCUAGACAAAGAGAAUGAGCUGCAGAAUAUAACUCAGGAGAAUGAUGACCUUCGGAUGCGAGAAGCAGCUGCUCUAGAGAAGGUUAAAGAGCUGACUGCAUUGCUUGCAGAGGUCACCACCAAGAAGACUGAGGUAGAUGGUGAGGUAUCAAAGAGUGAAAAAGAGUGUGAGCAACUGCCGACGAUGUUGGAGUCUCAUGUGGAGAAUGCUCAUGAUGGUGAAUCCGAGAAACCCAGGUUAGAUGAUCCAGCAGAGAAACUUGAGGAAUGUUGUAGAGUUGAUGAGAAGCUGAAAGAGGAAAAUGGAAAUGGAAGAGCUGAAGAAAAAGAGCUGCUGGAAGAGGAAGGCAAGAUGCAGGAAUUCUGCAAGACCACGGAUGACAAAGGCUUGUCAACUGAGAGGGAAAAUGGGGCUGACUUGGAUGAUGAGUUGGAUUCAAAGAUGGAUGGUGUCAGUGCUGAUCAGGCAAAUGGAUUGCCAUCAGAAAAGUUGGACAAUGGGGCAACAUCUCCCACCAAGCAGCAGCAGCAGCAGCAGCUGAAAAAGAAAAAGGCUUUGUUGCAGAAAUUUGGGAGCCUACUGAAGAAGAAAAGUAACCACAAGCAGUAGAGCAUCCCUGCCACAGGAUUUUAGUUAUAUUCCUCCCAAUUGAGAAGUCAAAUCAGGUUUGCGGCUUAUUAUUGGAAUAUAUUACGACCCCAACUACCAAGUGUUAGAAAGACAAAGGAAACAAAAGAUAAUACUUUCGGCACUGCAACAACUAGCGGCCAACUAAGAGGAUGAGAGGAAGCCUACUUUUCCGGGUGCGUGUUGGGACAUGGAUGGUUGGCCAAACUAGAGGCAGCUGAGUUGUUUUGUUGAAGAUUAGAUGGUUAUCAUUAUUUAACAUUUUAACUAAUGAAAUUGCCACACUGGAGACUGGAUCUUGAGAUCUCAUACACCUUGCAUUGACCUAAAACCAUCCAUUUGUCACAAAAGAGGUGGGGGGAGGUGUAGGGUUCUCUAUAAGCUUUUUUUUUUUUUUUUCCUUUUCAAAAUUCAUUUGCAUUAGUUGUAUAUAGAAUCGUAGAUGCUUAAGUUUGCUUUGAGAUUUUUGUUUAUGGCACCCAAAUGUCACAUCCUUCUAGUCUCUGCUUUCAAAGAAAGGGAGGGAAGAGCCACCAGGUGAAUCACUUAAAAGGAGUCCUAAUAUUUUGGAAGUUGAAAACCGUGUCUCUCAUCACAUUUUCAUGUGCUCUCUUUUCCCUCCCUAUCUCGUUGAUUCAUGAGCUCGUUUCUUUUUAUGCGAGCGUCGGUCAUGUGAGGCUUUCUGACAUCUUGUACUCAAUCAAACUGCUUUUCCUAGAACUUAUUAUUCUUCCCUA